AUGAUGCUCAAAUCCCUUGUCCUCCUCUCCCUCUCCGCUGCCUCGGUCUCUGCCCGCAGCUUCAGAACUUCAGGUUGCUUUGAUGACGCUGGUAGUCUUAAAGACCAGGGCACCUACACGUACCAGAACUACGCCUACUGUGUCCAAACCUGUCAACAGGGCGAUUUCUCCAUCGCGGCCUUGACCGACGGAGACAGAUGCUACUGCGGAAACGAACUGCCCCCUUCGUCGGCCAAGGUCGAUGACGGCAAGUGCAAUGUGAAAUGUUCCGGAUGGCCUCAAGACACCUGCGGUGGCUCCGAAACCUUCUCUGUCAUCGACAUCAACAACCAGGGCAUCUCGUCCAGCGACUCUGAAUACUCCGGCACAACGGCCGUCAGCGUCCCCUCCACCAUGGCGACUUCGAUCCUCAAGGCGACUGAUUCGGCUUCUGCUUCCUCGGCCAGCACUGCCGCUGCUGAGCCCACCACCACCAAGAUCCCCACCACCAUCCUGACCGCUCCCUCCAUGGGUUCCCAGAGUGGUGCCGGCGGCAUCGUCAUCGCCUCGUCCUCGCCCAUUGCUUCCAAGGCUGCUGGCGCUGCCUCUUCGUCUGGUGCUGCCGCUACCCCUUCGCCCAGUAACGGUGCUGCCGGUCGUUCCGUUCAGGUUGGCUCCGGUGUCGUGGCUGCCAUGUUGCCGCUCGUUGCCGCUUUGCUGUAA